AUGGCCGCUCAAUUCGCUUAUUCUCGUGGAUUUGUAGAUGAACAUUUGUGGAAUGAUUUUAAGGCAAAUUGUUGUAAAGGGUGUGUUGAUCCUUCCAAUUGUGAUAUUAAUUUUUUGAGUGGGGAAUGUAGAUAUAAGACGGUUGGGAUUGUAGAUGUUCUUUUGUCUCGACGAGUUUAUCCAUUCGAUAUUUACAGAGAUUGUCCAAUACCUCAAGAAAAUCUACAACCAGGAGAACCGUGUCUUUACAUUUCCGGUGCAGGAUUCAUCUACAAUUAUUUGAAUCAAGAACAAGUUCAAAAAGCCUUACAUAUACAAUUAAUGAAUAAUGAGUGGAGAAUUUGUAGCGCUAUUGGCAGAUAUUUAUAUCAUACUGAAUAUGAUGAUAUUUCUCCAAUAUUGAAGGGAUUAUUGAAAGAAAAAAUAAGAAUAAUGAUUUUUAAUGGAGAUACUGAUGCACUUAAUAUUUAUUUAACUGCACAAAAAAUUGUUGAAAAUCUUGGGCAAAAAGUUGUUAAUUUUUAA